AUGGAGUAUGGAGCUGCUGUCGCUUUUGAGUGUGUUACACGAAACAAGCCCCAGAUCAAUGCGAAGCUUCUCGAGGCCAAUCCUGAGUAUCUCACAGCUUGGAAUUACAGAAAAUUUGCUGUUGAACAGAUUCUCAGUCAUUCUGAGACUGAUACAGAGAUUGAUCCAGACUCCAUUAAAUCUAUUUACAGUGAAGAACUGAGAGUUACAGAGAGUGCAUUGGCAAAGAAUUAUAGGUCUUAUGGUGCCCGGUAUCAUCGUAAAUGGGUGCUAAGCACGGGACAUUCAUCUGUAGAUCGGGAAUUGCAGCUUCUGGGGGUGUUCCUGAAGAAAGAUUCGAGGAAUUUCCAUGCAUGGAAUUACCGGAGAUUUAUGGCAGCAUUAAAGAACAGAUCAGAUGAAGAGGAACUACACUUCACAACUGAUUUGAUGAACGAAAACUUCAGCAACUAUUCUUCUUGGCAUAAUCGUAGGUAUGCUUGUAUCUCAAUGUUAUUUUACCAUUUGGAUCAUCAUAAUUAAAAUGGACUAGUGGAGAAAAAUGCUUUUUUGUGCCAUUGUUUGAUUCUCAAGUUUUUUUUCUGCGCCUGUUGUUAUUGUAGCAUUACAAUGAGAUGUGCCAAAGUCAUACUGUUUUAGCUGGCUUCAUGGUUCAGUUAU